AUGCCCCAGAACGCACACAAUAGCCGGAUCUUUUCCCUGCCGGUCCCCAAGCAGGCAUCCUUCAGCUCGUCGACCGAGAGCAGCCCCAGCCUGUCGGCGGACUUUGGCGGCUUCUGCAACUUCGGCGGCUCCAGCAAGGCCAGCGACCCGCCGCAGUUCACCGAGCUCUACACCCUGGACUAUGCCCUCGGCCGUUCGCCCAGCGGCCGGGGCGAUGUCUUCGUCGCCACCACCAUCGUCGAUCGCGCGCCGGUGCACAUCCGUCGACUGUCGCUCCUUGAAACCACGCCCAGUGGCCCGGGCCCGGUGUCGGCCAAUGGCAAGCAUGUUGCCAACCCGGCCAGCGGACUGGAUGGCUCCCAUCGCGUCACGGCCCCGGCUCCGGAGGAGGGCGCCGGCCCGUCCCCCGGGUCGCCGCCUACCGCCGGGCGUGUGGACAACUCCCCGACCGCGAGCAUGGCUCGCCAGACCCUGACGAAGUUGACCGCCGGCAAGCUGCGCCCCUCCCGCAGCACGUCCCCCUCGUCUGGCUCCCGGGCCGCCAUGGCCGCCGGCUGUGCCAACAUGACCAGCACCUUCAUGACGCAGUCCGCCGCCUAUGAGCUGGCCAUCCUGUCAUCCACCAGCCACCCGAAUAUCGCCGCCCUGCGUGAUGUGUUUAUUUCGCCCAGUUGCGAUCUCUACAUUGUCACUGAGCUCUUGGACUCGUCGGCCUCCUCGCUGCUGGAGGCUGCCGCCUCUGGUGAGCUGUCCAUGGCGUCGCUAAACAUCGGGGUUUUCGCCGCCGGUGGCCGUAAGAAGGCUGGCGAGCCGGCUCCCUCCAUUCACUCGGUCUAUGAGCGCACCGCGCAGGCCUACCUCCGGGGGGCCAUCAGCGCGCUGGCUCAUCUCCACUCGGCCGGGGUCACCCAUGGCUGUCUCACCACCGCCAGCCUGCAUAUGUGCUCCAAGACCGGUCGCGUCCUCCUUACCGACGCCGCAUCGCUGCCGGCCACCAGUGGCGACUGCCCUCCUGGGCCGUAUGCCGCUCCCGAGGCGGCGCUCUGCAUGGGCGGUGCGCCGUCGAAUGUCGCCGGGCAGCGCUUCGAUCCCCACUCCUUUGAGAACCGCGCGGCGGCGGAUUCCUGGUCGCUGGGUGUUGUGGCUGCGCAGUUGGCUCGCGGCCAGCACGAGCAGCUGACCGACAAUUCGCUCACCUCGCGCGCCAUCUCCUGGGCGCGCAUCCUCGUGGGCACCUUUGGCCCAUGCGAGGCUGAGUCCCCGGAGAAGGUGGCCGCCCCGCCAGACGCCAAGAACUGGGAUGGCGUUCGUCAGGAUGUCCGUGAUCUGCUUGAGAAGCCGCUGGCUCGCGCGUCGCGCACCCUGCGCGACCGGUACACCCGGUCAUCGAGCAUUGCCCCGGGUGCGGGUGGAUCCCUCCUGCCAUCGGCCAGUUCCGCCCUGCACAACACCUCCGGCUCGGACUCGGCGUCCUUGCGUUCGGUCGGCUCGGUCAGCUCGGACUCGGCGUCCAUCGCCCCGAGCAUCGCCGGGCUUGGCUCUUCUCUGCGCUGUGAAGAGGCGGCCGACAUUGCCGGGCAGCUUCUCCGCCUGGCUCCCUCUCGCCGGAUCCUCCCCUCCUUCCUGCUGACUUCGCCGCCGUCGUCUCUGCCCACCCCCAUCGAGCUGCCCAUUUUCCGUCCCACCACCUCCGGCAUCCCGCACUCGGCCUCCCUCUCGUCCAUCACUUCCAACGCGUCGACGAACUCCAAGUGCUCCCUCAGCGUGGGCUUCGACCUGCCUGAGGGGACAUUCUCGCCGGAAGACCUGGCCGGGUUCGAGGCGAUCGCGUGGAUUGCCAAGUCGGUGAAUGAAUUCCACCAGUCAAACGGUAUUUACUUCUGA